AUGUCGGACGUCGUAAUUCGAGAAAUAGUCAAGGGGACGAUCCUCACCUUCUCCAAACCAUUCAAAAGGUUGGGGAUCACGCCGAUCGGGGGCCGUUCGACUGCGAUCAAGCUGUCCGAUUCGUCUGUGUGGCUGUUGGCUUCGACGCCGCUGACGGACGAGACGCGCGAGAAAAUCGACCAACUCGGCCAAGUCAAGUACAUUGCCGUCGCCGACAUGGAGCAUACCGGCUUUACGACGCAGUACACCGACGCCUAUCCGGAUGCAAAAGUGUACGGCCCGGAAGGCGCGGCGAAGAAGCUGGGGAUCAACGUGCACGAAUGGACUGCGGACAAGGACCACAAUCCGAUGGAGUACGACAGCCAGGUGCUCAAGGACGAGAUCAAAGCCGAAUACUUCGACGGCUUCAUCAAUAAAGAUAUUGCGUUUCUGCACGUGCCGAGCAAGACGCUGAUCGAAGCGGAUCUGCUCUUCAAUCUGCCGGCAACCGAGCAGUACUCGAAAUCGAAGGAGUCUGCGACCAACUUCACAAACUGGUUCGCCACCUUGAAGCCGGACUCCACUUUGCACCAACGCUUCGUGUACAACCUCGCCGCGGUCAACAAGAAAUCGAUGGCACAGUCGGCGUACAAAGUCGAUCAAUGGGACUUUGAUCGGAUCAUUCCAUGCCACGGAGAUGUGAUUGAGACUGGGGGCAAGGCCGCAUGGAGGGCAGCUUACUCAUUGUAUUUCGACGAUAUCAAGAAUGGAAAGUUCCCUGGACUUGGAGGAUCAACUUCCAAGGAACAGUAA